AUGUCCAACGUGCCAAACCAGCCCCCGGCGGGACCACCCAACCCACCGGGCGACCCGGUCAACUCCCCAGACUCUGAGAUCUACAACCCCAAAACAAUCUCCGAGGACCGCAGCGCGGCGAGUUCAGACCCGCAGCGCAAGCUGCUGGCCCUGCGUGAAGCCGGCCACGGGACGCCAAUGGCUCCCGCACCGCCGCAUGACAAUUCCGCACUGCAAGACUAUCAAAUGCAAAUGAUGCUGCUGGAGCAGCGAAACAAGCGACGCCUCAUGAUAGCCCGACAGGAGGAAGACCGGCUCGCGGGGCAAUCGUCCUCGCCAGGGCCCAGCGAUCAGUCCAUUGUACAGGAGAACAUCGAUUCCGGUACGCCUGGCAACUCGGAAUUCCCGUCGGCUGAGGCGUCUCGUCACGCAUCAGCUGGCGGGCCUUUCGUAUCAGAAACGGACCAGCUGCGCGCCCACGUUGCCUUGUUGCAGGACAAGGUGCGCCGGCUGGAAGCUCGCUCCGGCAACGUGGUGCCCUCGAGGCUUCAGGUUCUCUACCGCAUCCAGAGCAACGACGACGACACCGACCAUUGGACCGGCCCGUUCUUGGAUCCCCCGGAAAUAAUCCAUGGUCAGAAAGGCGCACUGCAGUUGCGAUGCAAUGCACCCCUGACGAACUUUGAGCUGUACCUCGCCGUCAACCCGGACAUCUCGUUUGUGGUGUUCAAGAACUUCAGCAGAACCGUAGAUCUCGACAGCUCUCGUCCCGAAAGUGCGGUUUCGGAUUCUGCUGUGACCUCGCACAAGCCGCGGCCCAUCAGUGAGACGGUUCGCCCGGUGUCCAACGAUCUGAAGGCCGCCUUGCGAAAAAUCUUGAACAACAACACCGAGUUCAAGGAAAUCACUCAUGCGUAUAAUCGGACGCAGGAGCUCGCUGCGCCGUAUCUGUUCAUCUACCACAGCCGUGGGAAAUUACCCGACAGCCAACAGGGCCCGGUGACGCCGGCAGAGAAACAGCUGCAUCUCUUCAUCCAGUACGUAGAGGAAAGCCACGGCGCACAUUACGCGGCCGCAGACGCCUUGUUCGACAGAAACAAGAUUCGCCCGGAGUAUGUGGAUUACCUAUUCAAGCCAGGCGAUGUCCUGGUAUCAAACAAAAACAACGAGCACACAGGAUACGUUGCGGCGUCGUGGCCAACUCGAGACCAGAUAAAACUUGGCGCACAGAAGUCGACAUGGACGGUCAGAGGCUGGACGUGGAAAUUCGAUGGCGGCUUUCACAGGGAAGAGGAGACCCUCACGUUCCAGAUACCUGAUGCACGGGCUCCGAAUCAGCGAGAAAAGCUCGAUGACUUUGACCGAGAGCCGCAAAGCUUCUAUCGCGCGCGAGCAGACCAAGGCGGUGACGUUGGUGAACAGCCGGAUGAGAUAUCCAUCACAGAGCUUACCGUGUUACCCAUUAAAUAUGCGUCGGACGAGCUUGUCAACAAGCUGCGGCGGCGUGGAGAUACCUUCUGGAAGAUCCGCAAGCAAGGGUUUGUUUCAUACCACGCCAUCGAACAGGAAAGCUUCCAGGCUAUGGCCGAGGAUCGAUACAUGAUUGACAUGAAAACGUAUAAGAGACUGCACCCCCAUCCCUGGCCAAAUGUGGCUUACCCCAUAAACCAAAACGGCCCCGAGACUCUCACUGAGCAAGAAAUGGACCGGGAACAGCCACCGGACGAGAAGUUCCGGUUACUGAUGCCAACAAAAGUGAUAGGAUACAGUCUCCGGUUAAAGAAAUGGUUUGAUCUUGCCACGGACCGCAUUUCGGAUGUCACGUGGAACAAAGAGGCCUUCCAGAGCCUGGCGAUCGACCCCAAAUCGCGGGAUCUAAUCCAGGCCCUGGUUAGCAACCACCUCGAGUCUGAGUACUCGGCCGACCUGAUUGCCGGUAAGGGCAACGGGCUGAUCCUGCUGUUGCACGGCGGGCCCGGGACCGGCAAGACGCUGACAGCGGAGAGCGUGGCGGAGAUUGCCGAGAAGCCUCUCUAUCGAGUGACCUGCGGUGACGUGGGCACCAAGCCAGAAGAGGUGGAGACGUAUCUGGAGUCGGUGCUGCAUUUAGGCAAGAUUUGGAAUUGCGUGGUGCUGCUCGACGAGGCGGACGUGUUCCUGGAACAGCGCAGCCUCGAAGACCUGCGUCGGAACGCACUGGUCUCUGUUUUCCUGCGCGCCCUGGAAUACUACGACGGGAUCCUGAUCCUGACCAGCAACCGGGUCGGCACCUUCGACGAGGCAUUCAAGUCGCGAAUCCAGCUGGCGCUGCAUUACCCCAGUCUCGGCGAGGAACAGCGCCUUAUGAUCUGGGAGACGUUCAUCUCGCGCCUAGAAUCUGUCGACGGCGAGGCGAUUGACGUGGCCGAUCUGCGGGCGCACCUGGACUUGCUCAAGAAAGAGAAGUUGAACGGUCGCCAGAUCCGGAAUGUCAUCACCACCGCUCGCCAGUAUGCGCGGUGGAAGAAGAACACUCUCACGUACGAAUACCUCAAGGAUGUUAUCGACGUGUCGGGGCGGUUUGAUACCUACCUUGACCGGCUUAAUAGCGAUGAGGUUCAAGAUUAA